GGCAACCACUCCUCGGGAGCAGCGGAACUCCGUAGGGAGCUCCGGGAAGGAGAAGCCGAGGGACUCUUUUCCCCCGGCGGAGGGACGCCCCCAGGCCGGCGCGCUGCGUCCCUCCUCGCCCCUCCGCCGGCCAGCGGCGAGGACGCUUCCGACCCCGGCGGGCUGCGCUGGGCGAGGCCGCGCCCGACCCCGGCGGGCAUGGAGGCCCCGGAGGGCAGCGAGGCCGCCGGAGGGCAGCGGGGGCCAAUGACAUCCACGCCCAAAGAGCACCAUCCUCCUCCGGGCCUCCCCGACCGAACUGAUUCAGCAACAUCUUUAGAUAGUGACAGCUCAGGAGAAGACUGGCUUAUAAAAGUUUGCUGUCCAAAAGCCCGGCAUCGAUAUCGUAGAUAUGCCCAAGCAAAAAAGCAAAUAUCAUUACAGCCUACAAAGACUGGAUUCUCGCAUUUGGAUAAAGAAGAGGAUUUUAUAGCGCUUACAGAAUGGAUGCCUAUUACACCUUACCAGGUCUAUCCUGGAGUGCCAAGGCAGGAAAGUACAGACUUGGAGUGGCUCAUAAGACUUCGCUGUCCAAGGGCCCAAAUGGAGCAGAUGAGGGCGGAGCGAAAGCAAGUGAGUGACCCUCCUCAGAACUGCCCGGUCCUUCAGCUGCUUUGCAAAAUGUCUCCCUGCCUCGUCUUCCUGCUGCUCCUCCAGCUGCUGCUUCUGAGCCCCCUUCUGACGCUUCAGCUUCUGAACUAUCUCUACCUACACAGCAGCCUCCACCUUCAGAACACGAGCCUCUUCGUGACUUCAGCGCUUACCAUUCCCAUAACCCUUUCUUUCUCCCUAUACCUCCACCGAUCCAGUCCUACAGGAGAUAUCAGGCUCGGCCCAAGAAUAGUGACACUACAAAAUAUCCUUGAAGACGGAAGACGCUUGGGGUCCCUUCAGUGCCAUGGCCUGCAAAAAGCGCCAGCCACGGUAGACAAGGGCAGUGCAUUUUUAGAAAGCUAUAAUACUUCCUCUUAUGAUCCUUUCUUUCUGAAGUAUUCUACAAACACUUGCAAGGUUUCAGUUCCACCUUUAUACGAUCCCUUGUUAAAGGAGAUACGAGGAAGAUACCUUGAGGCUGGCAUUAUUCAGCAGUGUGACACAGGAAAAGUAUUUUCCUCCAAAGAGAUGAAUGAGCUCCAUAAGGCAGAACUGCCACUCCUUCCGUUGAGUCGGCAACUUAUGAAUCCAAUAGAGUGGUUAAAAAUUCCAGCUGGGUACAUAGAAAGUGAGAUUCGUCAAAAGAGCCGGAGAAAAAUGCGCACAUCUAGAAACCUGACUUCUGUGGAUUUCAAGAGGUAGGGGGACCCGUCCUGGCUUCUGAUGAACGAGAGUGGCUCUGCCAGGAAACCAGAUUUCACCCGCAUGCCCUGUCUUUUGACAAAUCAGAUACUAACUGGCUCAUCAGUUUGGAAACCAGCAAUAAAAUCUGCUUCCCAAUGAUAUGCCUUUGAAAUGGAUUCCUUAUAUAAGAUGCAAACCAAAAGCAGUGUGGAUUCUGAGCCACAGUUAGCAGGAUAGAGCCCCAGCUAUUGCAUUAGAUUAGACAAAGGUAGCUCAGGAAGAUGCAUGGCAAGCAACAGCAGUGAUAUAUUUAUUCCCCCAAGUUAGGAGUUCUACCCUGUGUACAGCACUUUUUUACUUUUGAGUAUAGCAGUGCCGUACAUAUGAAACAUCCUAGAACAAAUAAAACUGUUUCUGUCUGGCAUAAUGUUCCAGGAACACAUGGAUUAAGUCCUUUACAGAUGUGCACAAACCUGAGCACUAUAACCGUUACUGAUUCUGGCCACAGCACAAUAACAUAAAGCACAAACCUAUUAACAGUAGGGAAUCCUCCUGCACAGAAGUGGGUUUGAAACAUAGCGAGGGAUAUAUUACACUCUUAUAUGUAGACAACUAAAUGCACUAUUUAGUUGAAGACAAUACUAUGGUUUCAUCUUUCAUAAAAUCUACCUUCCAAAAAGAGUGGGGCUUGCGUAGAAGAAGAUGCUUUUGGUGUAGAUCAUCCACUUACCUUGCUGCAGUUGGUUCAGUUGAAAAGCAGAGGGGGGCAUUAUACCAAGUAUUAUGCACUGGUAUCUAACAGCUGGUAAUGUUGACCUUGUGUGACCCAAAACCAGGUCCUAAAAGGUUACUGAUUUUGUAAGAAACAGUCAGUCAAGUUAUUAAGGACGCAGUACUCUUAGACAGUUGUUAGUCCCUUGCAAUAAUGUGAAAGAUACCAUUUACUCAGUCUGAGAUCCAGUUGGCAUGACCAUGGCAGCUGUACAAAAUAGAUAUAUAAAGGAGCAGUAGCAACAGCUGAUAAACAGAUUGAGACAGUCCAGCCAGAACUUGUAUCAUCUGCCAGGAGCAAACACCUGAUAGUUGGACAGCCCCUUCAUGCCCCUGGUGUAUGAAACCGAUGAAUGAAGAUGGCAGUUUGGAUGAACACUGUAGAGUGUCUACUAAGGAACUUUGCUCUCUCCAAGAUAUUAUCCUGAAGUGUGUCAAUUCUUGAGAAAUUUUUGCAGAUGCCCUGCAACACACACACAAUUUAGGCAAACUAGUUGAAAUGAUUAAUACUGGUAUUAUUAAAAUAGUAAUAUUGAAGGCCUUUGUUGCUUUAAAAUUUGUACCAAUUCAUCUGUUUAUUCAUUGCAGAAGUGUGGUGAUUUUGUUAUAUUUCAAGUAUGUAUUGAGUUAGAUGUAGAUACUUGCUCAAGUAAAUGUGAAAUAGCUGUUUGUUUUUAUUCCUGCCCAGGAAAAGUUGUCACAAUCCAGUUUUUGGAAUGUGGGAUCUGACUUUGAAUUGAAUAUAUGCUCUAGGAAAAUCACAUUAAAAUAAAAUAAGAUAAGAUAAAAAUAGAAAUAAUUAAACACAGAAAACUUUUAUUCAGGUCAAGUUUGCAAUUCUGUUAAAACUUGUUAAGCAAUAUAGCACCUAAAGGAUGCAACUCCGCUAACUUUGCAUUGAAAGCAGUACUGAAAUAGCAGAGAGUUGAGUGAAAGAUGCAGAGGAGGUCCUGCCUAUUUAUGUCCAGUGCCUGAAACUGGCAACUUCUGCUGCCAGCCUUUUUGCACUUCUUCUCCAAGGUGCAGCUGUGCUUCAGGUCUUUUGCACAGGAGAACAAUCCAGUGGGCACUUUUGCCUCUUCGCGUCCAAGAGGACGAUCUGUCUUGCUGAAUAUUUAAUUCCAUUGUAUCCUAUGAGCAGUACCCGUAACAAGUAUGAUUUACAUUUUGUUUAUAUUUUCUUGAAUGUAGUUCCUGUGUUUUUCACAUUCAGAGGUACAAUAAAAUAUACUUUUGAAAAUCA